AUGGCUUUCCGUACGUUUGGGAAGUUUAUUUUGACUCCCAUUGCGGGCUUCAGCCUGGGACUAGUUACCUUUAUGGAUGCUUUUCCCUCCGCUCACGACAAUGGGCUGAGCACCAUCACUCUUAAACGCUCCGUCGAACAGCAACGCCAAGACAUACUCGAACAACUACAACAGCACAGCAUCUAUAGAAGUCUUAUUAAGCGAGAUAACGUCGAGCAAUGGACGCAGAGCGAAAAAAUCGUACAACCUCAUCGCGAUUACCACGUUGGCCAAGGACUGCUUUACGGGCCGGGGCGACUCGAAAUUGAUCCGUUGGUACUGCACGACCCUGAGUCACAGGAACUGGUAGUAUUCUAUCAUUUGGGCGACAAUCUUGGGAACGAGAAGGGAAACGUUCAUAAGGGAGUAAUUUCGCUUCUGCUGGACGAAGCUUUGUGCUACUGUGGGUUUCCAACUUUGCCCAGUAGGUCAGGUGUCACAGCCAGGCUAGACCUGCAAUUUCACCAGGAUAUUCCAGCCAACUGCACCGUGGUUUUAAAAGCACAUGUGGUGGAGUCCAAAGGCCGUAAAUGUGUCAUUGGAGGCUCUUUGGAAACCCUUCCUUCACGAAUAUGGUAUAAACCUUGGAAAGAGAGCUCAUCUGUGCUGGCCACAGCCACUUGCAUUCUAGUAGAGCCAAAGUGGUUCAAGCACGUCCAAUGGAUGCGACUCUCUUGA